ACUGUGUAUGAAUUAAAUUAAUUAGUCAUUUAGAAUGUAUUCUAAUUUACUGUGGUGGGCUUGCAGGUCUACAUAGUGAGUUUUAUAGAUUCUUAUACAGGAAAGUGAGGGACAAAUGUUUGCUGAUGAACUGUGAUGUAAUUUGAAAGGGCACACCGGAUGGUUUCCGGUCCUCUGGUGCGCUUUUGACGCAAAUCUCCGAGGCGCUGUAAUAACCGGAUAACGGGAACCGAGGAGGAGGACGGCAGCAAAACGGAUCAGUCCGACAGUCUUUUUUUCCUCCAUACAGACUUCAUGCUGUUGUAUAACGCCGGCCUCGGGUUUGUCCUGUAAGCGGAGCGGCUCCUUCUCUCCCCUCUUUGUCUGGUCUCUCCUCCUCGGGAGGUGGAAAACGGAGCGCGGCUCGGGCGGAGGAACCUGCACAUGUCGGCUCCGUUUGUCUCUCCGCCCUGAUAACGGCCGGAGGACGGCAGCGGGAGGAGGAGGAGGAGGGGGGGAGAACAAUCGCCGAGCUGCGAGGAGAGCCGAGCAGAAAUCCGCGUAUCACCCGAGCGACGCGUUUUGGAGACAAAUCGGGAGAGGGAUGCGAUGAGAAACGAGGGAGGAGGACAACAGUGAUGCGGCAGCCAAGGUGGGCCCAGAUCGGUGAUUUUAUGAUAUCAUCACUCACCGCCAGGACCGGACACUGAUCAUAUCCACCAGGAUACAAAACGCGCAGACUGAUUUUGGGGGAACAUUUCUUUCUUUCUCUGGGAUAACCAGGACGGGGCUCCGUUGACGCGCUGUUUUAUUCACAAGGCUGUGUGAUCCUGAAUGAACGUCCACCUUUAGAGGCCGAUGCCUGAGUCUGUUGUGUGACGCCAGAACAGCAGCAGAGGUGUGUGUGUGUGUGUCUGAGCGUCGCUGGGAAUGAUCCACGAGCCAUUCUGUGCGUAAAACCAACCAGGCGAUUCAAGGGAUGCUGCCAUCCGCCCGGAUAUCAUAGAGGCGCAAACCAGGACUGGACCUCCAGAAAUAUCCCACUUCCCCCUCCUCUCCUCCUCCCCGCUCCUCUUCAUCUGCCUCUGCUCCUCUUACGCCCCCCCCCCACCUCUUCAGCGCCUAUUCAUCCUAAUCAACUGAUUAUCCAUCUGUGAUUCACAAAGCCACCCACUUCCAUCCGUCCAUCCACCUAUAGUCGUCCGUCCACGUCUCCUCCAACGCCACUUUUUGACGCGUCCGCAGCCGUCAUGGAGACCACCAAGCUGCCCCCCUCCAGCCCCUCCUCGCCGACCACCAGCUUCUCGGUGCCGUCCGCGGAGAAGGUGGACGGCUUUCCGCGCAGGUCCAUGCGCAGAGCGCGGCAGAGGAGGUCCCACAGCUCGUCCCAGUUCCGCUACCAGAGCUCCCAGGUGGAGCUCACCCCGCUGCCCCUGCUCAAAGAUGCCCCGGUGGCAGAGCUACACGACCUGUUCUGUAAGAAGCUGCAGCAGUGCUGCGUGCUGUUUGAUUUCCUGGACUGUGUGGCCGACCUGAAAGGGAAGGAGAUCAAACGCGCGGCUCUUAACGAGCUGGUGGAGAGCGUGGCCACUAGUAGAGGAGUCCUCAUCGAGCCUCUCUACCCAGAGGCCAUAAAGAUGAUCUCAGUAAACAUCUUCCGCACGCUUCCUCCCAGCGAGAAUCCAGAGUUCGACCCGGAGGAAGACGAGCCGACCCUGGAAGCUUCGUGGCCACAUCUGCAGCUGGUGUACGAGUUCUUUCUGAGAUUCCUGGAGAGUCCAGACUUCCAGCCGUCCAUGGCCAAACGCUACAUCGACCAGAAGUUUGUCCUGCAGCUCCUGGAGCUGUUCGACAGCGAGGACCCCAGGGAGAGGGAGUACCUGAAGACCAUCCUGCACCGUGUCUAUGGAAAAUUACUGGGCCUCCGAGCGUACAUCCGCAAACAGAUCAACAACAUCUUCCUCAGGUUCAUUUAUGAAACUGAGCACUUCAACGGAGUGGCCGAGCUGCUGGAAAUCCUCGGCAGCAUCAUAAACGGCUUCGCGCUGCCACUGAAAGCCGAACACAAGCAGUUCCUGGUGCGGGUCCUCAUCCCGCUACACACAGCAAAGUCCCUCUCCAUCUUCCAUGCACAGCUGGCCUACUGUGUGGUGCAGUUCAUGGAGAAAGAUGCUACAGUGACUGAAUACAUCAUCAGGGGGCUGCUCAAGUACUGGCCGAAAACAUGCACGCAGAAAGAGGUGAUGUUCCUGGGGGAGAUAGAGGAGAUUUUGGACGUGAUAGAACCAUCGCAGUUCAUCCGGAUCCAGGAACCUCUCUUUAAGCAGAUAGCAGCCUGUAUCUCCAGCCCUCACUUUCAGGUAGCGGAGCGCGCUCUUUACUUCUGGAACAACGAGUACAUCCUCAGUCUGAUAGAGGAGAACUGUCAAGUCAUCCUGCCGCUGGUGUUCGCCACGCUCUACAGAGUCUCCAAGGAGCACUGGAACCAAACCAUCGUGUCUCUGAUCUACAACGUGCUGAAGACCUUCAUGGAGAUGAACAGCAAACUGUUUGAUGACCUCACCGCCUCCUACAAAGUGGAGAAACAGAAGGAGAUGAAGCGAGAGAGGGAGCGUUCAGACCUCUGGCGAGGCCUGGAGGAGUACCAGGAGCGCCGGAUGCAGAUGCUAACAGAGGCCGCCAGGAACCAGCGCAACCUCCAGGAGAGGGGCGAGAGAGGAGACCCGCUGAGCCCCUCGUCCCCACAGAUGGCUCAGUGCGACCAGCCCGAGCCCAAACCCAGCGGGGCCUCCACCGGGGCCGGGGAGAGCGCCACCUAGGUGCCGCUGCACACAGGAAGGAUAAUACUGGGGAAAGGGUGGUGGGACUUGAGGCUGGUGGUGAAAGUGUUGGGAGACAGAAAAGGUAUAAAAUCUGUUCUUUUUAAUCUUGUGUCAUGGAGGUGGCAGCUUCUUGUAUAAAAGGUGCAAUCUCUGUGAUGCGAAGCUGUACCUUCUUUCUGACAGCGUUGUGUGAAACUGGUUCACUUUUAGCUGUACACACGUCAUGUUGCAGCUCAUAACUCUAAAAAGGUGCAGCCUGUCAUCUUAUUUAAUAUCCAGUUUACUAAACUGCAGGCCGGCUGCAAAACAUAAGACCUGGUUGUCUCCUUUGGUGUCUAAGUCAUCUCGAACCUUUGACCAACAGAGUCAUAGUCUGUACUGUGGCCUCAUCUUUAUCUUUUUAACGGAAAGAUGCUUAUCCCUCACGUGCAUAGCACAACACAUGAACAACAACAAAAACGACAAAAAAAACAAACAACAGGCAAAGAAAUUUCACAAAAAUGUCCCAAAGCGAUCGCUGCACACAAACAACCAACACACACGUAGGUAUUUACUGUAAAUAUCAGAGGAAGGAGGUACCGAGAGUGUAUGGCCAUUAGACAGAUCUCAGACAGAUCCAUGCAAACACCCGCGCACACACACAGAUCUGCUCAGACUCAAACAGCCUGCCGUGGCGCUGGCUCGUCCCAAUCUUCUGGGCGCCACCAAAGGACCGCCUACAGUCCCGUUAGACUUCAAUUACAGCUGAUGAUGAAGGCGAUGACUCUGAUAUAAAGUACAAUAUUGUUCCUUCUUCUUACUUGUUACUCUACUACUACUCCUCUACUCUAACCACUAUUGAUGAUGAUGUUUUUAUAUAUAUAUAUAUAUAAAUAUAAAUAUAUAUAGAUAUACAUACGUCUGGAUUUUUCUGUAGCGUAUUAUGGGAGAAAUACUAGUGUAGCAGAAAUCAUAAAUGGGGGAGGCCGACUGGAAAUCCUAAUUCUUAAGCAGUGAGGCCAUAAUGUGAGUGCUGAAAUUCAGCAGAAUACCCCUUUAACAGACCUUAAAGUGGGCGGACAAUGAACCGGAUUCGCAGCGUCUGUUUUUCUUUUACUUUGAAAUGUUUGACACUUCUGGUGUGGUACUGGUAUUUUGUGUUUUAAAAUGUCCAUAUGGACCACAUUUAGUAACCAGGCAAGACAGAUUGAUAACAUGCAGCGUUCUGCACAUUAUCAAUCUGGGACGGCUCCCAUCGAAUCCGUUCGCGGAAAGGAGGGACAUUCAGCAGAACUCUC